UCGGUCUUCGUCUGCUCCGGUAUCGCAACUGCCUCGAUUGGUCGAGCCUGGGCCAGCAUGGUGGCGCCCAUGUAACCCGGUCUGUGCAGCAAAGGAAACGGUGGCCGCGGCGCGAGCCCCUUGGGGGUUAGAGGUCACCAUGCUAAGGGCCGCGUGGAGGAUGCUGAGUUUGAUUCGGACCCAGGCAGUCACCCAGGCCCCAGGCCCCGGGCUGCCGAGCUGUGGGAGCGCCAGAUUUCCUUCCAACCAGUGGGGCCUGCAGCCUCGAAGUCUCCUCCAGGCCACGCGCAGAUAUGUCAUCCAGAAACCAGCAGUCCUGCCCAGGCAAGAUGAUGACCCGCCUCCUUCUACGCUGCUUCAAGACUACCAGAAUGUCCCUGGAAUUGAGAAGGUUGAUGAUGUUGUGAAAAGACUCUUGUCUUUGGAAAUGGCCAAAAAGAAGGAGAAGCUAAAAGUCAUACAAGAACAGUUGAUGAAAAAGAUUGUUGAAAACCCUGAGGACACCAGAUCCCUGGAGGCUCGAAUUGUUGCCUUGACCAUCAAGAUCCGCAGUUAUGAAGAACACAUGCAGAAACAUCGAAAGGACAAAGCCCACAAACGCUAUCUGCUGAUGAGCAUCGACCAGAGGAAAAAGAUGCUCAAAAACCUCCGUAACACCAACUAUGAUGUCUAUGAGAAGGUAUGCAAGGAGCUGGGGAUUGAGUACACCUUCCCACCUCUAUAUUACCGAAGAGCCCACCGCCGAUUCGUGACCAAGAAGGCUCUGUGCAUUCGGGUUUUCCAGGAGACUCAAAAGCUGAAGAAGCAAAAAAGAGCUUUAAAGGCUGCAGCAGCAGCCCAAAAACAAGCAAAGCAAAGGAAACCAGACAGCCCUGCCAAAGCCGAACCAGAGAUACUCGGAGACAACCAAUAAAUUCUGUUCAAUCAUUGCUUUCUGUCUUGAAGAAUGACAGGAGAGACAAUGGGGCUGUUUUUAGUCUGAGGAGGAGGAGAAAUUUAUUCUUCGAUUCAGCUCUGGGAUCCCAGAGUUGUGUGAGGCAGAGUCCCUGCCCUCACCCACCAGGGGACACACACUCAUGACACACCUCCCACACACUCAUACAAUUACCUGUCAUCCAGGUGACAUAUGUUUCAGUGGAGGCAAGACAGAGUACGUGACAGCACAGUGGAAGUGUGGCUGUAUGGGUGAAAAGAACAGCUGUAAGAGAUGCCUUCCAGACUGAGCCCUAAAGGAUAAGUAGCAGUUCACUGGAUAGAGACAGGAAGAGAAAGGCUCCUGGGCAGAAGGAAUUGCAAGUACAAAGGCAAAGAAGUCUAGAGAGAGAGGCAUGUUGUAUUCAGAGACUGGGGAGAAUAAAAAAUAAAGCUUGAAAAGCUGAA